UAAUUUUGUGUCCUAUUCAAUGACCAUCUCAAUAUCUCUUGAAAAGCAUCCUUGGGCAACAACACAACUGUGCCACUCAGUUCACAUACGGAGCAUCUUGAGACUCCUCCAGAGACUACACCGCUCAUUCUUUUUUGAAACGAGCUGAGUCUCGACUAAAGUGCCACCAUGAGCACAGACGCAGAAAUGGAGCAAUAUGGCCCGGCGGCCAUCUACCUCCGGAAGCCAGAGAGAGAGAGGAUUGAGGCACAAAACACUCCUUUUGAUGCCAAAACAGCCUUCUUUGUGGUUGAUGCUGAUGAGAUGUACCUCAAGGGUAAACUUACGAAGAAAGACGGUGGCAAAGCCACAGUUGACACAGUUACAGGAAAGACAGUCACUGUAAAAGAGGACGACAUUCAUCCCAUGAAUCCUCCAAAGUUUGACAAAAUUGAGGACAUGGCCAUGAUGACCCACCUCAAUGAGCCUUGCGUGUUGUAUAACCUCAAAGAUCGUUAUGCAUCAUGGAUGAUCUACACAUACUCUGGCCUGUUCUGUGUCGUCGUGAACCCAUACAAGUGGCUUCCUGUGUAUGAUGCUAUUGUUGUGAAUGCAUACAGAGGCAAGAAGAGGAUUGAGGCUCCACCCCACAUCUUCUCCAUCUCUGACAAUGCCUAUCAGGCCAUGCUCACUGACCGUGAGAACCAGUCUAUCCUCAUCACAGGAGAAUCUGGUGCAGGAAAGACUGUCAACACCAAGCGUGUCAUCCAGUACUUUGCAACAAUUGCAAUGACUGGAGGUAAGAAAGCAGAUGCAGCACCUGGAAAGAUGCAGGGUUCCCUGGAAGAUCAAAUCAUUGCAGCCAACCCUCUGCUGGAGGCUUAUGGUAAUGCCAAGACUAUCAGGAAUGACAACUCCUCUCGUUUUGGUAAAUUCAUCAGAAUUCAUUUUGGAACCAGUGGCAAACUGUCCUCAGCAGAUAUUGAAACUUAUCUGCUGGAGAAGUCACGUGUCACCUUCCAGUUGUCUGCUGAAAGGAGCUACCAUAUCUUCUAUCAGCUGAUGACAGGCCACAAGCCUGAGCUUCUGGAGGCUCUUCUGAUCAGCACCAACCCCUAUGACUAUCAUAUGAUCAGUCAGGGUGAAAUCACGGUCAAAAGCAUUGAUGAUGUGGAGGAGUUCAUUGCAACAGAUACUGCCAUUGACAUCUUAGGUUUCACUGCUGAGGAGAAAUUGGGCAUCUACAAGCUCACUGGUGCUGUGAUGCAUCAUGGCAACAUGAAAUUCAAGCAGAAGCAGCGUGAGGAGCAGGCUGAACCUGAUGGCAAUGAGGAGGCUGAUAAAAUCGCUUACCUCUUGGGCCUGAACUCAGCUGAUAUGCUGAAAGCCCUGUGCUACCCAAGAGUCAAGGUCGGAAAUGAGAUGGUGACCAAAGGUCAGACCGUUCCACAGGUCAACAAUUCCGUUAGCGCUCUGUGCAAGUCUAUCUAUGAGAAAAUGUUCUUGUGGAUGGUCAUCCGUAUCAAUGAGAUGCUGGACACAAAGCAGCCAAGACAGUACUUCAUUGGGGUGUUGGAUAUUGCUGGAUUUGAGAUCUUUGAUUUCAACAGCUUGGAGCAACUCUGCAUCAACUUCACCAAUGAGAAACUGCAACAGUUUUUCAACCACCACAUGUUUGUCUUGGAGCAAGAGGAGUACAAGAAAGAAGGCAUUGAAUGGGAGUUCAUUGACUUUGGUAUGGACUUGGCUGCCUGCAUUGAGCUUAUCGAGAAGCCAAUGGGCAUUUUCUCCAUCCUUGAAGAGGAGUGCAUGUUCCCAAAGGCCUCUGACACAACUUUCAAGAACAAGCUGCAUGAUCAGCAUCUUGGCAAAACCAAGGCCUUUGAGAAGCCAAAACCUGCAAAGGGCAAGGCUGAGGCUCACUUCUCCCUGGUGCACUAUGCUGGUACAGUGGACUACAAUAUCAGUGGCUGGCUGGACAAGAACAAGGACCCGCUGAACGACUCAGUUGUUCAGCUCUACCAGAAGUCUUCAAACAAACUGCUUGCUCUUCUGUAUGCUGCUCAUGCUGGCGCUGAUGCUGGUGGUGGUGGAAAGAAGGCUGGUAAGAAGAAGGGUGGCUCCUUCCAGACUGUGUCUGCUCUUUUCAGAGAGAACUUGGGCAAGCUGAUGACCAACUUGAGGAGCACUCAUCCUCACUUUGUGCGUUGCCUGAUUCCCAAUGAAACCAAGACCCCAGGUCUUAUGGAGAACUUCUUGGUCAUCCACCAACUGAGGUGUAACGGUGUGCUGGAAGGCAUCAGAAUCUGCAGAAAGGGCUUCCCCAGCAGAAUCCUCUAUGGUGACUUCAAGCAGAGAUACAAAGUAUUGAAUGCCAGUGUCAUCCCUGAGGGACAGUUCAUUGACAACAAGAAAGCUUCAGAGAAGCUGCUGGGAUCCAUUGAUGUGGACCACACUCAGUAUAAGUUUGGCCACACAAAGGUGUUCUUCAAAGCUGGUCUGCUGGGUACCCUGGAGGAGAUGAGAGAUGACAAACUGGCUAUAUUGGUAACCAUGACUCAGGCUCUCUGCAGAGGAUACCUCAUGAGGAAGGAGUUUGUUAAGAUGAUGGAGAGGAGGGAAUCCAUCUUCAGCAUCCAGUACAAUAUCCGUUCAUUCAUGAAUGUGAAAAAUUGGCCAUGGAUGAACCUGUACUUCAAAAUCAAGCCUCUUUUGAAGAGUGCUGAGACUGAGAAGGAGCUCCAACAGAUGAAGGAGAAUUAUGAGAAGAUGCAAUCAGACCUGGCUACUGCCCUGGCCAAGAAGAAGGAACUGGAGGAGAAGAUGGUUUCCCUGCUGCAGGAGAAGAAUGACCUGCAACUGCAAGUAGCAUCUGAAGGUGAGAACCUAUCAGAUGCUGAGGAAAGGUGUGAAGGGCUCAUUAAAAGCAAAAUCCAGCUCGAGGCCAAACUCAAAGAGACAACUGAGAGACUGGAGGAUGAAGAGGAAAUCAAUGCUGAGCUGACUGCCAAGAAGAGGAAGCUGGAGGAUGAAUGCUCUGAGCUGAAGAAGGACAUUGAUGACUUGGAGCUAACCUUGGCUAAAGUGGAGAAGGAGAAACAUGCCACUGAAAACAAGGUGAAAAACCUCACAGAGGAGAUGGCAUCUCAAGAUGAGUCUAUUGCCAAGUUAACCAAGGAGAAGAAAGCACUCCAAGAGGCCCACCAGCAAACACUGGAUGAUCUCCAGGCAGAGGAAGACAAAGUCAACACUCUGACCAAGGCCAAGACAAAGCUGGAACAGCAAGUGGACGAUCUUGAGGGAUCACUGGAGCAAGAGAAGAAGCUCCGCAUGGACCUUGAGAGAGCCAAGAGGAAGCUUGAGGGAGAUCUGAAACUGGCCCAGGAAUCCAUCAUGGAUCUGGAGAAUGAGAAGCAGCAAUCUGAUGAGAAAAUCAAGAAGAAAGACUUUGAGAUAAGCCAGCUCCUCAGCAAGAUUGAGGAUGAACAGUCCCUGGGUGCUCAGCUUCAGAAGAAGAUCAAGGAACUCCAGGCUCGCAUUGAGGAGCUGGAGGAAGAGAUUGAAGCUGAGAGGGCUGCUCGGGCUAAGGUUGAGAAGCAGAGGGCUGACCUCUCCAGGGAGCUGGAGGAGAUCAGUGAGAGGCUUGAGGAAGCUGGUGGAGCAACUGCCGCUCAGAUUGAGAUGAACAAGAAACGUGAGGCUGAGUUCCAGAAGCUGCGUCGAGACCUUGAAGAGUCAACCCUGCAGCAUGAAUCUACCGCAUCAGCUCUUCGCAAGAAGCAGGCUGAUAGUGUUGCAGAGCUGGGAGAGCAGAUUGACAACCUCCAGCGUGUCAAGCAGAAGCUGGAGAAGGAGAAGAGCGAGUACAAGAUGGAGAUUGAUGACCUCACCAGCAACAUGGAGGCUGUUGCCAAAGCAAAGGGCAACUUGGAGAAAAUGUGCAGAACACUUGAGGACCAGCUGAGUGAGCUCAAAGCCAAAAAUGAUGAGAAUGUUCGCCAGUUGAAUGACAUUAAUGCACAUAAGGCAAGACUGCAGACAGAGAAUGGUGAGUUUUCUCGCCAGCUUGAGGAGAAGGAAGCUCUUGUUUCCCAGCUGACCAGGGGCAAGCAGGCCUUCACUCAGCAGAUUGAGGAGCUCAAGAGACACAUUGAGGAGGAAGUGAAGGCCAAGAAUGCCCUGGCCCAUGGUGUUCAGUCAGCCCGCCAUGACUGCGAUCUGCUCAGAGAGCAGUUUGAGGAGGAGCAGGAGGCCAAGGCUGAGCUUCAGCGAGGAAUGUCCAAGGCCAACAGCGAGGUGGCUCAGUGGAGAACCAAAUAUGAGACUGAUGCUAUCCAGCGCACUGAGGAACUGGAGGAGGCUAAGAAAAAGCUUGCCCAGCGCCUGCAGGAUGCUGAGGAAUCCAUUGAGGCUGUCAACUCUAAGUGUGCGUCUUUGGAGAAGACCAAGCAGAGGCUGCAGGGUGAGGUGGAGGACCUCAUGAUUGAUGUGGAGAGAGCAAAUAGUCUGGCUGCCAACCUUGACAAGAAGCAGAGGAACUUUGAUAAGGUCCUUGCAGAAUGGAAACAGAAGUAUGAGGAGGGCCAGGCAGAACUGGAAGGAGCCCAGAAGGAGGCUCGCUCUCUCAGCACUGAACUGUUCAAGAUGAAGAACUCUUAUGAGGAGGCUCUGGAUCACCUGGAGACCAUCAAGAGAGAGAACAAGAACCUGCAGCAGGAGAUCUCAGACCUGACUGAACAAAUUGGUGAGACUGGAAAGAGCAUCCAUGAGCUGGAGAAAGCCAAGAAGACUGUGGAGACUGAGAAGACUGAAAUUCAGUCAGCGCUGGAGGAAGCUGAGGGCACACUGGAACAUGAGGAGGCCAAGAUUCUCCGUAUUCAGCUUGAGCUCAACCAGGUCAAGGGUGAGGUUGACAGGAAGCUGGCAGAGAAGGAUGAGGAGAUGGAGCAGAUAAAAAGGAACAGCCAGAGGGUGAUGGACUCUAUGCAGAGCACUCUUGAUGCUGAGGUCAGGAGCAGAAAUGAUGCCCUGAGAGUCAAGAAGAAGAUGGAGGGAGACCUGAAUGAGAUGGAGAUUCAGCUGAGCCAUUCCAACAGGCAGGCUGCUGAAGCACAGAAACAACUGAGGAAUGUCCAGGGACAGCUCAAGGAUGCCCUACUGCACCUUGAUGAUGCUGUCAGAGGACAGGAAGACAUGAAGGAGCAGGUUGUCAUGGUGGAGCGCAGAAAUGGCCUGAUGAUUGCUGAGAUUGAGGAGCUGAGAGCCGCUCUGGAGCAGACAGAGAGAGGACGCAAAGUGGCUGAGCAGGAGCUGGUUGAUGCUAGUGAGCGUGUCGGACUGCUUCACUCUCAGAAUACCAGUCUUCUGAACACCAAGAAGAAGAUGGAGUCUGACCUUGUGCAAGUUCAGGGUGAAGUGGAUGAUGCCAUUCAGGAAGCAAGAAAUGCUGAGGAGAAGGCCAAAAAGGCCAUCACUGAUGCUGCCAUGAUGGCUGAGGAGCUGAAGAAGGAGCAGGACACCAGUGCUCACCUGGAGAGGAUGAAGAAGAACCUGGAGGUCACAGUCAAGGACCUGCAGCAUCGUCUGGAUGAGGCUGAGAACCUCGCCAUGAAGGGUGGCAAGAAGCAGCUCCAGAAACUGGAGUCCAGGGUGCGUGAGCUGGAAUCUGAAGUUGAAGCCGAGCAAAGACGUGGAGCUGAUGCUGUUAAAGGCGUCCGCAAGUAUGAGAGAAGAGUGAAGGAGCUGACAUACCAGACUGAGGAGGACAAGAAGAAUAUGCACAGACUCCAGGAUCUGGUGGACAAGCUGCAGCUCAAAGUCAAGUCUUACAAGAGACAGGCUGAGGAGGCUGAGGAGCAGGCCAACAGUCACUUGUCCAGAUUUAGGAAGGUUCAGCAUGAACUGGAGGAAGCCCAGGAGCGCGCUGACAUUGCUGAGUCCCAGGUCAACAAAUUGAGAGUCAAGAGCCGUGAUGCUGGAAAGUCUGAGUCUGCUGAGUAAGAGUCACCAUCCAGUUGAUGCCUUUCAACAGAGUUCAUAAAAUAUGAACCGAUGGUUGGGGCCUCUUUAACUUUUCAAUAAAGAUGCUGAUUGUCAUCACUA